AUUUCCUUCACAUUCUAUUCACAUUUGAAGAUCUCAACUGCUGUUUAUCUGUCAUCCAUCACGAAAGUUUCCUUCAAGACCCUGAAAAGGCACCAUCAGAAGAAAAGAUGGCCAGUAUGAAAACUGUCGUUGCCUCAGCUUUAGUUUUAGUUCUGAUGAUUCUGAACCACCAAGUGGAGGCGCGGAAGUGCUACAUCUGUGUGGGUAUCUGGGGCUAUACCGUGAUGGGGAACAGUGACUGUAUGUACCCGUACUGGUACAACAUGAAGACUUACACCUGUCCCGGAGGAGAACAGUACUGUUACAUCAAGUACUCACUCAAGAACCUGGCUGCUGACAAGGCUGCUGCAGUUGACCGCGGCUGCUCGGCUACCAGCGUGGCUCACACCUGCAGUAAGGGUGAUGACGACUUCGAGACGUGCUACAGCACCUGUAACAGCGAUGGCUGCAAUGGCGCGUCCAAACCGACAGGGGUCCUCGCUGCACUGCUGCCGCUUCUCGUCACUGGGUUGUUCCAAGUUGUCAGGGGGUAGCUUGUCCCGAUUUCUAGUCCGAAGUUAUAUGGGCUUAGUUAUAUGGGAAUGUUUAGAUUAAGAUGUUUUGAUGAUAUUUUGGACUUGAAUAGAUCUACCAAAAAUCGUUAUAUUAAGAUGUUUUAUAAUAUUUUGGACUUAAAUAGAUAUACAAUAACCCGUUGUCAAUGUUGUACAUGUACGAAUAUACAAUGGAAUGGAACUUGUAUAAUUCUGCCUUGGCUUUGAUAUUCAGUAAGAAUUUAGAGAAUUUCAAAGAAUUUUAAGAGUACAUAUUUUGUUUGUUGGUGUUUUGACCAGCAAAUGACUAUACGAAAGGAAUAGAUAUGUGUUCCUAUUGAACAACCAGUUGUUAUAAAAAUAGUUUUGGUAGAAAUGCAUGGUUAAAUAUACAAACUCGUUAUUUAUAUAGAGAUGAACGUAAUGUGCCCUCUGUAUAUGAACAUAAAAAUUCAUCUUGCUUCUCAGUUGUAAAUAUAUCUAGCUUGAUUUAAAACAAUGUGUUACGACAAUGUACACAUGACUUAGGAAUAAAUAUAGUGUUCUGUGAAGCAUA